GGAUCGUGAAAAUACAUGUUCCUAUACCAAUUAUAACCUCACUAAUAGACAAUUGCUCUCCGUCUCGCAUGACCAUCCAACUAUGACCCGCUUCCGCCCCUGCAUCGACCUCCACGCCGGCCAGGUCAAGCAAAUCGUCGGCGGCACCCUCUCCGAUUCAUCCCCCUCUGCCCUCCGCACGAACCACACCUCCACCCUCCCCUCCUCACAUUUCGCAUCGCUCUACAAAGACAAUGGCCUCACGGGCGCUCACAUCAUCAUGUUGGGUCCGGGGAAUGAUGACGCAGCGACGGCAGCAUGCGAGGCAUGGCCGGGAGAACUGCAAGUCGGGGGAGGGGUGAAUGAUGGGAACGCGGGGGAAUGGAUACGGCGAGGGGCUGGCAAGGUAAUCAUCACCUCCUUCCUCUUCCCUAACGGCCGUUUCUCUCUCGAUCGCCUACGGUCCGUCAUCGCCGUCCUCGACGAUGACACUUCAAAGCUGGUCGUCGACCUCUCCUGCCGACGACGCGUAUCCAGUGAAGGGGUGGUGACCUGGUGGGUGGCCAUGAACAAGUGGCAGACCAUCACCGACAUGGAGGUGAAUGAAGGGACGAUCAAAAUGCUCGCGCCGUAUACCUCGGAGUUUCUGAUCCAUGCGGCCGAUGUGGAAGGGUUGCAGUCGGGGCUAGACGAGGACUUGGUAAGGAACUUGGCGAGCUGGUGCAGUAUCCCGGUGACAUAUGCGGGUGGGGCCAGCACCGUAAAGGACUUGGAUAGAGUAAGAGAGUUGAGUCAAGGGAAAGUGGACUUGACUAUCGGGAGUGCGUUGGACAUUUUUGGAGGCAGAGGGGUGACGUUGGAGGAGUGCGUGGAGUGGAAUAGGAGAGAGGAGCGAAGGGAGAAGGAGUUGGCAGGCAAAUGAUAUAACCAAGUCAGAAGACUCAACGGCAGCAGCAGUAUUGAAACCAGGAGUUCUUGAUAUGACUGGAUAAGUAUACCCCUAUACAGGCCUCGGCAGGAUAGAUAGGAUAUUCUACAUGAUAGAGAAUGCUAUAUAAAAUGGCAGAAGAUGAUGAGAAACAGAAACAUUCGUCAAGCGCCGUGACGGCCAUCCCCACAAUCCAUGAAGUGUGAGAAAGCUGCCGUUGCCAAUUCGUGACCAAAACUCUUCUUCCGCCCCUAACCAUGUACGAAGUCUAUUGUGCAGAUCUCGUCUCCAUGUACGUUCCUCCACCUCC